AUGGGCCACGGACCAGCGCCAUUCGGCCCCCCUCCACCUCCUCCCCAUGGCCAUGGCCACGGACAUGGACAUCCCCAGGGGCCGCCUCCACCACCUCACGCGGCACAUGGCCAGCAUGCACAAGGCCAAGCCGUGCCCAUUCUAGCCAUCAUCUUCGGCUCCAUCGUCCUCAUCGUCCUCAUCAUCAACGUCUUCAAGUUCGCCCAGUUCUAUCUCGAGCACCACGCCCCGCACAGCCAGGACGACAAGAAGGCCAAGCCCUGCAACGGAAACUGCCAGUGCCAGGGCCUGCCCCCCAACCCCAAGCAGCGGCCGGGCGUUGACCCUCCGCCCUACUCGAACAACAACGAGCUCGAGGAGCGGAGACGGCUCAUGGACGAGGACGACGGGUCCAACUAUGUCCCUUGA